AUGGCUGAUAUCACGAAUGCCGAGACAGAAGGAUCUUCUGAUGGAUUCAUUUGCACGCUUGAGGGUUUCACCCCGAAUAUCAUUGGACUGUAUGGUAUACCUGGCGCUGGGAAAUCUCAUUAUCUUUCCAUGCUCCAGGUUCACUCUCAGUUACAAGGAACCACCCCGUUUAAAUUUUUUGAGGGAUCUUCGGUGAUUAACUCUCUCGUUCCCGGUGGCCUUCUCGCAUUCAAGAAGUUGCCAGAGGAGCAUAAAGUGAAGUUGCGCGAGAAAGCCAUCUGCUCCAUUAAACACGAAUGCACAAUCGGCAGAACUAAUGGGGUAGUGGCGGGGCAUGCCACGUUCUGGGACGAAAAAGAGGAUUCCGAAAUCAUUGUGAUUACACCGAAAGAUCUUGAGAUAUAUUCGCAUAUACUGUACUUGAGAAUUGACCCCGAGGUUAUUCAACAACACCGCUUGGGCGACUGGGAGAGAAACCGUGAUAUCGUGCCACUUGAACACUUGGAGAAGUGGCAGAAACAGGAGGAAAACAUGCUGCGUACAUUUUGUCGCGUCCAUGGUAUUCACUUCUGUGCAAUAUCUCGAGGCAACAACGUGGAGUCCGAAGAGAUGUUCUCAGUCAGACUCAUGAGGUUGGUCUCCGAUCUCGGCCGUCACAAUGAGCAUGUUAACCGGAACAACGCGAUGACCAGGCUGGGAGAGGCUAUGGACAGUGACGCCACUCGCGAUGGUCGAGUCAAGAAAAUGUUGGUUAUGGACGCGGACAAGACGUUGGCUCCGCAAGACGUUGCCGAUAUGUUCUGGGAAAAAGUCUCCAACCAUGGGGCAUCGACAGGGGCAAAAAACCCUCUGAAAGAAUUGUUCGGCGGCUCUAGUGGCUACUCGUAUCAUUCCUUUCGGCAGGCCACGUUGCUCUACGAAGAAGCCGCUAAUGACGGAGCAUUCGAUGGCAUAUGUGACGAGGUAGCCUUGGGGGUGACUAUGUAUCCCGAGUUUGUAUCUCUGUUACACCAAGCGGCAGAGCUUGAUCAUGUCGGCGCUGUGGUCAUAACCUGUGGUCUAGGACAUGUCUGGGAGAAAGUUCUUGAGAGAGAAGGUCUGGCCGACUCCGUGGCAGUUAUAGGUGGAGGACAGAUUUCAGAUGGAUUCGUGGUGACUGCGGAGCUCAAAGCAGAGUUGGUUGAUCACAUCCGGGACGCAUACCAGGCAGAAGUGUGCGCAUUUGGAGACAGUCCGUUGGAUUUGCCAAUGUUAAUCCAGGCAGACCGGGCCAUAGUUGUUGUCGGCGAUGAGGACUCCAGGAGCAAGUCCAUGGAAGCUGCUUUGAGGGAUGCUAUAAAAACCGAGGGUUUGACUGCCAGUCAACUCGUGUUGCCGAGCACAGCAACCCCACGGUUGGAUUCGGUCAAGCUCCCGCUUAUACAACUCUCACAGGCCGAUAUAGAGGCAAUCCUGUGCAAUUCCGAUUUCCAGUUCAUCCAUGCAACCAAUAGCAGCGCAGCCGCCCUGCUCACAACUCAGACGCGUGAUGCAACUGUUGCAGGCCCGGCCCUCAAGAGAGCUCAUCGCCGCAUUGGGUGGUACUUAGCUGUCGAGUUCAUUAGCAAGGUUAUUGGACUCGAGAGCUACAAGAUCCCACACGUUCAAGGCGGACAUACGAAGGGUCAUCGCCUGGAAGGCGAGAAAAGGAUGACAAUUGUGCCUUUGAUGCGCGGCGGAGCACCUAUGGCCGAGGGUAUCAACGAAGUUUUUCCUCUCGCAAUGUUGGUGCAUGCGAGCCAGCCCGAGGACCUCAAACUCCAUCAUGUAGAGCAGCAACAUAGCAUCAUCCUCAUCGACUCGGUCAUCAACACCGGUAAAACUAUUUUGGAGUUCAUAGAACACGUGCGAAAGUUGCAUGCCACUAUCCGCAUCGUUGUUGUUGCCAAUGUCGUUCAAGACAAGUUCAUCUCUGGAGAAACGGCGUCGAAUCUAGCCAGCUAUGGAAAUAUCAGUCUUGUUGCUCUUCGCCUGUCUAAAAACCAGUUUAGAGGUAGCGGAGAGACCGAUACAGGUAACCGUUUGUUCAACACGACUCAUCUAGCAUGAUCGGAGUUUGACGGCCUAUCUGCCAUGUCGUGGAGAAUGUACGAUGGGUUGUUUCAAUGCGGUCACUUGAGUUCUAGGUUCAUAAAUUACUAUUAUUGCGGUAGUAGUAUGAGAG